CUCGCGCGCCUCCCUCCUCGCCGGGCAUUCAAACAGCUUCUCGACGUCGCCAGCCCAGGAUUUUUUGCCUCAGCUCGUCAGCCGCGCUCGGUCCACCGGUACCUGGCAGGGAGGAGGGCCAGGGAGGAGGGCGCACCGAGCAGCCGGCUCCAGCUCCAGCCUCGCCACGGGCCGGGAGCACUCCUGUCAGCAGCCCGCCGCCCAGCCCGCAGCCUCAGCCGCCGCCGCCGGCGGCCACUUCUCAGCGCUUUUUUGGCUUCUUGGCCAAUCCGUUUGUUGGGGGGGUGGUGGGUUUGGGAAAACACAUCCGCGCUCUUAAUCCACUUUCAUUUUUGUUAUUUUUUUUGUUAUUUAUUUAUUUUUUUGUUGUUGUUGUUUCUGUCGAGACCCCCUUCAGGGGGCCUCUCCCGGGCUCUCCUUUGGAGGCUUCAUUCACUUGGAUAAGGCGCAAGGCUCUGGCCACUGGGUACCCCCUUUUCUUAUGUCCCCCCUCUUUGCUUCUCGUAUGCGUGUAUUUUUUUCCCCAAUAAUAAAUCCUGUUAUUUGAAGCUGAGCCUGGGGAAAAAUGGGCAACGGUGAUUGGGACCGAAGGGGAGUCUCUCCGUCACUGUUGUUGGGACCUGUGCCUGUGUUGGUGUCUUAGACCAAAAGCCUCCCGGAGCUUUCGGAGUGGAAGGCCAAAUGACAUAGGAUGAAGGCUGUUCGUAACCUGCUGAUUUAUAUAUUUUCCACCUAUCUCCUGGUUAUGUUUGGAUUUAAUGCUGCCCAAGACUUCUGGUGUUCAACUUUGGUGAAGGGAGUCAUUUAUGGAUCCUAUUCUGUAAGUGAAAUGUUUCCCAAAAACUUUACAAACUGCACCUGGACGCUGGAAAAUCCAGAUCCAACCAAAUAUAGCAUUUACCUGAAAUUUUCCAAAAAAGACCUUAGCUGCUCUAACUUUUCCCUUCUGGCUUAUCAGUUUGAUCAUUUCUCCCAUGAGAAAAUAAAGGAUCUUUUGAGAAAGAACCAUUCAAUAAUGCAACUCUGCAGUUCCAAGAAUGCUUUUGUUUUUCUACAGUAUGAUAAAAAUUUUAUUCAGAUACGUCGAGUAUUUCCAACUGAUUUUCCAGGAUUACAGAAAAAGGGUGAAGAAGAUCAGAAAUCUUUUUUUGAGUUUUUGGUACUGAACAAAGUGAGCCCAAGCCAGUUUGGCUGCCAUGUCUUAUGCACUUGGUUGGAGAGUUGCUUAAAAUCAGAAAAUGGGAGAACAGAGGCUUGUGGAAUCAUGUACACAAAGUGCACCUGCCCUCAGCAUUUGGGAGAGUGGGGAAUUGAUGACCAGUCGCUGGUUUUGUUGAAUAACGUCGUGUUACCCCUGAAUGAGCAGACGGAGGGCUGCCUGACUCAGGAGCUGCAAACUACUCAAGUCUGCAAUCUGACCAGGGAGGCUAAAAGACCACCCAAAGAAGAAUUUGGAAUGAUGGGAGAUCAUACAAUUAAAAGUCAGCGACCUCGAUCUGUCCAUGAGAAAAGGGUCCCUCAGGAACAAGCUGAUGCUGCUAAAUUUAUGGCACAAACUGGUGAAUCUGGUGUGGAAGAGUGGUCCCAGUGGAGCACAUGCUCAGUUACUUGUGGUCAAGGGUCGCAGGUGCGAACCAGAACUUGUGUAUCACCUUACGGGACACACUGCAGCGGCCCAUUAAGAGAAUCAAGGGUUUGCAAUAACACUGCCCUCUGUCCAGUACAUGGAGUUUGGGAGGAAUGGUCACCUUGGAGCUUAUGCUCAUUUACAUGUGGCCGAGGCCAAAGAACACGAACCAGGUCAUGCACACCUCCUCAGUAUGGAGGGAGGCCCUGUGAAGGCCCGGAGACGCAUCACAAGCCCUGUAAUAUUGCUCUCUGUCCAGUUGAUGGACAGUGGCAGGAAUGGAGUUCAUGGAGCCACUGCUCAGUGACAUGUUCCAAUGGAACCCAGCAGAGGAGCCGGCAAUGCACGGCAGCUGCUCACGGAGGCUCUGAGUGCAGAGGACCGUGGGCAGAAAGCAGAGAGUGCUACAACCCCGAAUGUACAGCCAAUGGUCAAUGGAAUCAAUGGGGUCACUGGAGCGGAUGUUCCAAGUCCUGUGAUGGAGGCUGGGAGAGGAGAGUGAGGACGUGUCAGGGUGCAGCUUUAACAGGACAGCAGUGUGAAGGAACAGGGGAGGAAGUGAGACGGUGCAGUGAGCAGCGGUGCCCAGCACCUUAUGAAAUAUGCCCAGAGGAUUAUCUGAUAUCGAUGGUGUGGAAAAGGACUCCUGCAGGAGACCUGGCAUUCAAUCAAUGUCCACUGAAUGCCACAGGCACCACUAGCAGACGCUGCUCUCUCAGUCUUCAUGGAGUGGCCUUCUGGGAACAGCCGAGCUUUGCAAGAUGCAUAUCCAAUGAGUACAGACACUUGCAGCAUUCAAUUAAAGAGCACCUUGCAAAGGGGCAGCGGAUGCUGGCAGGUGAUGGAAUGUCCCAGGUCACCAAGACGCUGUUGGAUUUGACACAGAGGAAGAAUUUCUAUGCAGGUGAUCUUCUAGUGUCUGUGGAAAUCCUCAGAAACGUGACAGAUACAUUUAAAAGGGCAAGUUAUAUCCCUGCAUCGGAUGGUGUCCAGAACUUCUUUCAAAUAGUUAGCAACCUUCUAGAUGAAGAAAACAAGGAGAAGUGGGAAGACGCCCAGCAGAUUUAUCCAGGCUCAAUAGAGUUAAUGCAGGUGAUUGAAGAUUUUAUACACAUUGUUGGAUUGGGGAUGAUGGACUUUCAAAACUCAUACCUAAUGACUGGAAAUGUAGUGGCUAGUAUUCAGAAGCUUCCUGCAGCCUCUGUCCUAACAGACAUCAACUUCCCGAUGAAGGGUCGGAAAGGAAUGGUGGACUGGGCAAGAAAUUCAGAAGAUCGAGUCGUUAUCCCAAAAAGCAUUUUUACUCCUGUGUCAUCAAAAGAAUUGGAUGAGUCAUCUGUAUUCGUUCUUGGAGCAGUCCUAUAUAAAAACUUAGACCUCAUUUUACCCACUUUGAGAAAUUAUACUGUCGUUAAUUCUAAAAUCAUCGUGGUCACAAUCAGGCCUGAACCCAAAACAACUGAUUCAUUUUUGGAGAUAGAGCUAGCUCACUUGGCGAAUGGCACUUUGAAUCCCUAUUGUGUGUUAUGGGAUGACUCAAAAUCGAACGAGUCUUUGGGAACGUGGUCCACCCAGGGAUGUAAAACUGUGCUUACCGAUGCAUCCCAUACGAAAUGCUUAUGUGAUCGGCUCUCUACCUUCGCCAUUUUGGCUCAGCAACCUAGAGAAAUAGUCAUGGAAUCUUCUGGGACCCCUUCAGUAACUCUCAUAGUAGGCAGUGGCCUCUCCUGCCUAGCCUUGAUCACCUUGGCAGUUGUCUAUGCAGCGCUAUGGAGGUACAUCCGUUCUGAGAGGUCCAUAAUUCUAAUUAACUUCUGCCUGUCUAUCAUCUCAUCCAAUAUUCUCAUACUCGUUGGACAGACCCAGACACACAAUAAGAGCAUCUGCACGACCACCACUGCAUUCUUGCAUUUUUUCUUCCUGGCUUCAUUCUGUUGGGUUUUGACAGAAGCGUGGCAGUCAUAUAUGGCUGUAACUGGAAAAAUCAGGACACGGCUUAUACGGAAACGCUUUCUGUGCCUUGGAUGGGGACUGCCAGCUUUAGUAGUAGCCACAUCUGUAGGCUUCACCAGGACGAAAGGAUAUGGCACGGAUCACUACUGCUGGCUGUCGCUUGAAGGAGGACUGCUCUACGCCUUCGUUGGACCUGCAGCCGCUGUUGUCCUGGUCAACAUGGUGAUUGGCAUUUUGGUAUUUAAUAAACUUGUUUCCAGAGAUGGAAUCCUAGAUAAAAAGCUCAAACACAGAGCCGGUCAGAUGAGUGAGCCUCAUAGCGGUUUGACGCUCAAAUGUGCCAAGUGUGGAGUAGUUUCUACAACAGCUUUGUCAGCCACCACCGCCAGUAACGCCAUGGCCUCCCUCUGGAGCUCCUGUGUAGUGCUGCCCCUUCUGGCUCUGACAUGGAUGUCUGCAGUUCUGGCCAUGACAGACAAACGUUCCAUAUUGUUCCAAAUCCUUUUUGCUGUGUUUGAUUCAUUACAAGGCUUCGUGAUAGUCAUGGUCCAUUGCAUUCUUCGGAGAGAGGUACAAGAUGCAUUUAGAUGCCGGUUGAGAAACUGUCAGGAUCCGAUCAACGCUGAUUCUUCAAGUUCUUUUCCUAAUGGACACGCUCAAAUCAUGACAGACUUUGAAAAGGAUGUAGACAUUGCUUGUCGAUCAGUGCUCCAUAAGGAUAUUGGUCCAUGCCGAGCAGCAACAAUAACAGGAACACUCUCCAGGAUCUCUCUAAACGACGACGAGGAAGAAAAGGGAACGAACCCCGAAGGGCUGAGCUAUUCAACAUUGCCUGGGAACGUCAUUUCCAAAGUCAUCAUCCAGCAGCCCACAGGCCUGCACAUGCCCAUGAGUAUGAAUGAGCUGAGCAGCCAGUGUCUGAAGAAAGAGAACAAUGAAUUGCGGAGAACUGUGUACUUAUGCACGGACGACAAUUUAAGAGGGGCUGAUAUGGACAUAGUCCACCCUCAAGAGAGAAUGAUGGAAAGUGACUAUAUCGUGAUGCCUCGAAGUUCUGUAAAUACUCAGCCAACAAUGAAAGAGGAAAGCAAGAUGAAUAUUGGCAUGGAAACCUUGCCGCAUGAAAGGCUAUUGCACUACAAAGUGAAUCCUGAAUUCAGUAUGAAUCCCCCUGUCAUGGACCAGUUCAAUAUGAACUUAGAUCAGCAUCUUGCACCCCAGGAACAUAUGCAGAGUUUACCCUUUGAGCCUCGCACGGCUGUGAAGAAUUUCAUGGCCUCUGAGUUGGAUGAUAACGCAGGACUGUCAAGAAGCGAAACUGGAUCUACAAUAUCCAUGAGUUCUCUAGAGAGAAGAAAAUCACGGUAUUCCGACCUUGACUUUGAGAAGGUCAUGCACACGAGGAAGAGACACAUGGAGUUGUUUCAGGAACUCAAUCAGAAGUUUCAGACUUUGGACAGAUUUCGGGACAUACCAAAUACAAGCAGUAUGGAGAACCCUGCAGCAAACAAGAACCCAUGGGACACUUUCAAGGCCCCCAGCGAAUACCCACAUUACACCACAAUCAAUGUCUUAGACUCGGAGGCAAAGGAUGCUCUGGAGCUGAGGCCUGCAGAGUGGGAGAAAUGUCUGAAUUUGCCUCUGGACGUGCAAGAGGGUGACUUUCAAACCGAAGUGUAACACAAUCAAAGCACACUGAGGUGGAGACACAAUCAGAUACACUGACACUGAGACUUGGGAAGCCUGACUUUUCCACCAGGACAGUGUGACUCUUCUCUGUCAGGACCUUCCUGUGCCCACAUCAGUGUUUCCGUAUGGUAAUUUCUCACUGGUCAGGCUAGUGGAGAGACGGCCAAGUGUACAGUUCUCACCACCCCGUGUUGUAAGUACCCGUGGAAUGGAUUUGUAAGGCAAACUUUAUAGAUAAACCUCAAGCAACGAUUCAUGUUGUAACAGCUUCAUGUGGUUUAGUUUUCAGAAAACUUCACCAUGAAGCACAAUGUAUAUAUUUAUGCAGUUUUUAAAGUUUAUAACAGUCUGUUUGGCCAUUACUACACUUUUUACUUUAUAAUAUAAAAGCAAAAGUUUUUGUCAUUAAAUGAAUGUUUGUUGAGCUACAUUCUUCAUUGCUUUAAAUGCAAUAAAGUAAUAAUCUCACUUUUAUAUGAAUAAUAUAUUUCACAUCUUUAUUAUUGCAGUUUUCUCUAGAAGGCUCUGAGUAGCUUUCUCUGCUGCAGCUCUGUAUAAAAUAUUUAAAAUGUUGUAUGGUGUAAAUAAACUUUUGUCUACAUAUCAGUUUUUUAGUGCAUUUUAUUUUGGCUUUGUUGAACAGAAAUUUACAUAUUUAUAAAGUUUUCUUUUUCAAUACCGACACUGAAAAUGUAUUCAGAGUUUUAACAGCAUACCAUUAUCACUCCUUUGAACCUAAUGAUUUCUCAGUGUAAUAAUAGGUUUGCAUAGUGCUUCUGUAUUUCCUACCUAAACGCCCUUUGGAACAAUGUACCAUGGAAAAGGGACUUGUCAGGAAUCCGCGACCAUCAUCCUCUUCAUAACAUUACGAUCUUUUCUGUCUUGUGGCAAAAUGACGGGUGGCAGAAAACAGUAGUUUACUAAACAGAAAAUGAUCCAGGGAAAAUGUGUGAGGCGAUUCAGUUUGCUGCAUAUUCCACAGAAAACUAUUUCUAUAGGAGUUCUUUAUAACAUAAACAUCAAUGAACUUAUUCAGGACCUUAAAUGUCUGCUCUGCAUACACGGAGAAGGAGAAUGGAUGCAAUUGUCUCUGGUUUGAAAGUAAGGAGCCCGAGAUGAGCCAGCUGCGCAAGCAGUUCCCAGUGCCCUCUCUCAUAGUGAUGCCUCUUGCUUGCUCAGACACAUGUUCAAGAAAGGCCAAGAAAGAAUCCAGCAUUGCCAGGGCGUUUGGGUGGCUGGAGAGUGUGUAACUUGCAGUCCUAAGCAUUGCAGGUAAUGUCCUAGAAUGCUUAAUUUGAUUAGCUUUUAGUUAAACCUGAGCUGUGUGGUCUGUGAUGGGACUCACGUAAGUCAGUUCCUUCUCCUGGCAACGUUAGUCACCUUGAGGGACCCCGGGGGACCCUGGCACUCAAGUUGAGAGGAAGAGACAGCAGUGAUUCAGUCUUCAAGUGCACCUCCUGGCUGGAGCCCUAACUGCACAGCUCAUGCAGAACCCCUGUCCCAUGCUGAAAAUGUUCUCAGUGUCAAGGUGUUAAAAGUAUAUUUUUAACCAGAUUUUAAAGAUAGAAGUGGUAUUAUUAUGCAAAAAGGAGUAUAACAUAAGAUUUUUCAAUAAAUUAAAUGCUAAUUAUGAUAUAAUUGUAUAGUCCUAUUGAAUUUAUAAGAUGACUUUUUUGGUGAGAAGGAAUAUUUGAUAAAGCAUUCCCCUUCUCUGACUCCCUCUUCUUCCUUUUAUCCCACCCUAUAUGUCUUUCUCUGACAUAUGCACACACAUGUCUCCUUGUGUGUGUGUACCCACAUUAAAACACAUAGUUCUCUGCUUCAUCUCAGAAACCUAUAGCUAUGAAUGAAGACUGCAUAGAAAGUCAAUCACUCCCAUUUGUAAAACUUCAGGGUUUUUGAAAAAAAAUGCAUUAGUCAGCUUUUCAAAAUAUGAAUUCAAUAAGUUUAAAAAUAUGUAAAUUCAACACAUUAGAUUCAUAUUUCUUUUAAAUAUUUACUGUCCUAAAUAAACCCUUAUUUCAUGGCUGUUAAUCAGAAAUUGCUCACCGAAAUAUAUGGGGCUGGGAUUUUGGGUUGGCUAGGAGGUAUGCCAAGUUAUCAGCAUGGGUCAUUUUUCUGGUUUUUUUUUAAUCUAUAUUUUAAGAACACAGGUUGAAAACUGAGGAAUCCUCAGUUCAGGAAACCUCAUUCUAGUCUUUUCCUUUUUAGUUCUAGCCCAGUCUUUCACACACCUGUGUGUGCACACGCAAACAUAUCAUCAAGGCUGAAUGGCACCUGUCUCCUUAGCUGGGGACGACCAUCCAAUCUUGGGCAGUUCCUUUCCAGCUGAUUGUACUCAGAACCUUCCAGGGUCUUUGCGCCCUUGCACUAGAAGUCUUUGCUCUGUCCACGUGUCUAAAUUUCACUUCUACGUCAUGUGAAACAUGAACUUCCUCUUGAUGAAGUUUUCCGUGAUUUUCUGAGCUAAAAUUAAUUUCACCUGUGAACUCUUAGAACGCUGUUUCUGUACUUCUUUUAAGGCUCUCAGACCUUCUAUCUUGUUACGUUUUCUGAUAUCCCCUGGUAGACUGUAAGUGCCUAAAGGGCAGAUUUCAUGUCGGAUCCAUUUUGUAUUUCUUAAGGGACCUAGCA